AUGAAUAUUGAUGGGCCCGUCGGUGGCGGGAGGAGCGGGGCGGACGCUGCUGCAAUGCCGGGAGCCCCAGGAACACCUUCCCCGCCGCUCCGCACCACCUGCUCCAGGGAUCCCAAAAUGGUCCAUCAGCGGUUCUUGCGGCGGAGUGUGGUGGACUCGGACCAGGAGGAACCUGCUUUUGACCUUCCCGAGUCAGAGAAUCAGAGGAAAAUUAUCUUGCUCCCUAAAACCAGGAGGAUAAUUGCGGAGAGGGCAAAAGCCGGGCAAGGCGCUGCGGAGAAGGUGCGCCUGGAGUCUGAGCCUUCUGGGGAGCUGAAGGCAGCGCCAGCCCCUGACGCUGUCUUAGGGGCUGAGGAGCAGAAGGAAGCUGGCAGAGAUGUGGAGAGGAAAGAGGCGUCUGACGCUUCCAAAGAUCAGACCAAGGCUAAGAAAGAGGAGCCUGAGGAGGAGGCUGAUAUGAAAGCGGUUGCCACCUCGCUGGAUGGCAGGUUCCUAAAGUUCGAUAUUGAACUCGGGAGGGGAUCCUUCAAAACGGUCUAUAAGGGUCUGGAUACAGAGACGUGGGUGGAAGUUGCAUGGUGUGAGCUUCAGGACAGAAAACUCACAAAAGUAGAGAGGCAGAGAUUUAAAGAGGAAGCAGAGAUGUUGAAAGGUCUACAGCAUCCAAACAUUGUGAGAUUUUAUGACUUCUGGGAAUCCUGUGUAAAAGGCAAAAGAUGCAUCGUGCUGGUUACUGAAUUGAUGACCUCUGGAACACUAAAGACAUAUCUGAAGAGAUUUAAAGUGAUGAAGCCAAAAGUCCUUCGGAGUUGGUGCCGGCAAAUCCUGAAGGGUCUUCUUUUCUUGCACACAAGAACUCCACCAAUAAUUCACAGAGACUUAAAAUGUGACAAUAUUUUUAUUACUGGACCAACUGGAUCUGUGAAAAUAGGAGACUUGGGUCUGGCAACCCUCAAGAGAGCUUCGUUUGCCAAAAGUGUAAUAGGUACACCAGAAUUUAUGGCCCCAGAAAUGUAUGAGGAACACUACGAUGAGUCUGUGGAUGUCUAUGCUUUUGGAAUGUGCAUGUUGGAAAUGGCUACCUCAGAAUACCCUUACUCAGAAUGCCAGAAUGCUGCUCAAAUUUACCGGAAAGUAACCUGU